UCAGGCAGCAGUCUGCAGCUGAGCAAGCGGGCUGCUGCAGAGUUAAUGUACAGUACCACAGAGCCUGCAAGUGUCCUGAGCUGCUCAGAGCUGAGGCGGCACAGCCCAGGACAGCAGACAAGGCGGCUGCUGCGAGGAUUCCAAAGGUUCUGCCGGAAAUUCGGUGUGGGGGGACUCCAGCUGGAGCCUGUCGCCACUCUUGUGUUUUAAAAGCAUGCAAGGUCUGUAUAGCUCGGGCAUGAGAAUCUUGCGGAUGUCAGAGCAUCAGAGUAAAUGACAUCUAUUUGGGAACUGAAUUGGGGGUAAGGAGAACAGAGAGAAAAGAAAGCCGGCCGAGUCAGAAAUUCUUAGACAACGUCUGCCUUGCAGCUGUGAAAUUAAUUUUCUUUCCAAGGCAAAAUAUUAAAAGCUCACUCACGGUUUGGAUAAGAAAUUAGAGGGGGUUCUACAGUGAGACAGUCGAUAGCUUAGUCAUUUUACUUAAGGAGAGCAGGCAGCCUUAUUGUGGGGUUAGGCGGCAGAUGAAUUUCAUCACCACAGCGCCUUCUGAAGUCAUGAUGGGAGCCGACACUAAUCCUGUCCUGCAAAGCAGAAAUUACUCAUUGCCUUCCUACUUGAGCAUUCGAAACCAGCAAUUCUGAAAUUUGGGGAAGAAGUUGGCUUGCGCUCUACAUGGUCUCUAGUCCCUCUGCCUGGGUCUUUGUUGGACAAGUCUCAGACUCAGACUGUAGCACUGCGUUAAAGUGACCACACAUGAAUAUGUGCCUAAGAAGGAAGAAAAAGCAAUAUUCCUCCCUAAAGGACAGCAUGGCAAAGCAGCGUGAAGUUUUCCAUUUCCCUCCUAACACUUCCUUAACAAGGAUCACAAGAAACUGUCUUUUGACUCCUUUUUGUCCACAUUCCAUAGUCCUUUCCGUGGGGAUGCGUUAAUUCAUAUUCGGGGCAGCUGGAUUUCACCAGGACAAUUCUUGCCAUCAUUUAGGAUUAGCAACUGGACUGGUUAUUUUAGUGUGGUGUCUAGUGGAAGCUACAUGGAUGGACUCACACCUGCAGUGCUCUGUGAUGCUUCUUCCUUCAAAUCCUGGAAGGGCUUUUGUUUUUGUUAUUUGUGUUUUUUUGGGGGGGUGACUUUCGGAGGGAAUUCAUUACUUAUUGCGAUAAUUGUCCAUGAUCGAUGCUCAAGCCAGAGAGUUGGGAUUCAUCUGUGAAAAUCACUACAUGUAACAUAGGAGACAAGGAGAACCUUCAUGACGGAGGCUCUGCGAACAUGAUGCACGUGAAUACCUUCCCCUUUAGAAGGCAUUCCUGGAUAUGUUUCGAUGUGGACAAUGGCACAUCAGCGGGACGGAGUCCCUUGGAUCCCAUGACCAGCCCAGGAUCUGGGCUAAUUCUCCAAGCAAACUUUGUCCACAGUCAACGCCGGGAGUCCUUCUUGUAUCGAUCUGACAGUGAUUAUGACCUCUCUCCAAAGUCUAUGUCCAGGAACUCCUCGAUUGCCAGCGAUAUACAUGGAGAUGACUUGAUUGUGACUCCAUUUGCGCAGGUCUUGGCCAGCCUGCGAACCGUACGAAACAACUUUGCUGCAUUAACUAAUUUGCAAGAUCGGGCUCCCAGCAAAAGAUCACCCAUGUGCAAUCAACCAUCCAUCAACAAAGCCACCAUCACAGAGGAGGCCUACCAGAAACUGGCCAGCGAGACCCUGGAGGAGCUGGACUGGUGUCUGGACCAGCUAGAGACCCUGCAGACCAGACACUCCGUCAGUGAGAUGGCCUCCAACAAGUUCAAAAGGAUGCUUAAUCGGGAGCUCACUCAUCUCUCUGAAAUGAGUCGGUCUGGUAACCAGGUGUCGGAGUACAUAUCGAGCACAUUCCUAGAUAAACAACAUGAAGUGGAAAUUCCCUCUCCAACUCAGAAGGAAAAGGAGAAAAAGAAAAGGCCAAUGUCCCAGAUCAGUGGGGUCAAGAAGUUGAUGCAUAGCUCCAGCCUGACUAACUCAUGCAUACCUAGGUUUGGGGUCAAAACAGAACAGGAGGAUGUCCUGGCCAAGGAACUAGAAGACGUGAACAAAUGGGGUCUCCACGUUUUCAGAAUAGCAGAACUGUCUGGUAACCGGCCUCUGACUGUUAUCAUGCAUACCAUCUUUCAGGAACGAGAUUUAUUAAAAACAUUUAAAAUUCCAGUAGACACUUUAAUUACGUAUCUCAUGACAUUGGAGGACCAUUACCAUGCUGAUGUGGCCUAUCAUAACAACAUCCAUGCUGCAGAUGUCGUCCAGUCCACUCAUGUGCUACUAUCUACGCCUGCUUUGGAGGCUGUCUUCACAGACUUGGAGAUUCUCGCGGCCAUUUUUGCCAGUGCAAUACAUGAUGUGGAUCAUCCCGGUGUGUCAAACCAAUUUCUGAUCAAUACAAACUCAGAACUCGCCUUGAUGUACAAUGACUCCUCUGUCUUAGAGAACCAUCAUUUGGCCGUAGGCUUUAAGUUGCUCCAAGAAGAAAACUGUGACAUUUUCCAGAAUCUGACCAAAAAGCAAAGACAAUCUUUAAGGAAAAUGGUCAUUGACAUUGUACUUGCGACAGACAUGUCAAAGCACAUGAACCUGCUGGCCGAUUUGAAAACGAUGGUAGAAACUAAGAAGGUGACGAGCUCCGGUGUCCUCCUCCUUGAUAACUAUUCUGACAGGAUCCAGGUCCUCCAGAACAUGGUGCACUGUGCAGAUCUCAGCAACCCCACAAAGCCACUGCAGCUGUACCGCCAGUGGACGGACCGGAUAAUGGAGGAGUUCUUCCGCCAGGGGGACCGGGAGCGGGAGCGUGGCAUGGAGAUAAGUCCCAUGUGUGACAAGCACAAUGCCUCUGUGGAAAAAUCACAGGUGGGCUUCAUAGACUAUAUUGUUCAUCCACUCUGGGAGACAUGGGCGGACCUCGUACACCCCGACGCCCAGGACAUCUUGGACACUUUGGAGGACAAUCGUGAGUGGUACCAGAGCACAAUCCCUCAGAGCCCCUCCCCUGCACCCGAUGACCAAGAGGAGGGCCGGCAAGGCCAAACUGAAAAAUUCCAGUUUGAACUAACCUUGGAGGAGGAUGGCGAGUCAGACACUGAGAAGGACAGUGGGAGUCAGGUGGAGGAAGACACCAGCUGCAGCGACUCCAAGACUCUGUGCACUCAGGACUCGGAGUCCACGGAAAUUCCCCUGGAUGAGCAGGUCGAAGAGGAGGCUGUAGCAGAAGAAGAGGGAAACCAGCCCGAAACUUGUGUCAUAGAGGAUUGCUGUCCUGACACGUAACAGUGUAAAGACUGUCACACUUUUUUCUUUUCUUUUUUUUUUUUUUUUAGUAGAGAAAAUGUUUCCAAAGUGCAUGUCACAUGCCACAACCAUGGUCACACCUCACUCUCAUCUGCCAGGACGUUUGUUGAACAAAACUGACCUUGAACUACUCAGUCUGGCGCUCAGGAAUACCGUUACCAGUUCUUUAACCUCCGUGUCACCGGAGCAGGGGGAGGGGGGGUCGUCAUCACGAACAUGAUUUCAGCUUGGCAGAGCUGACAAAGAGAAAAUCCGCUCCAACUGUUUUCAAGGGAGCUUGGCUCAUCGGGCUGCCCAAAAGUAGAUUGGAUUGCAGGAUUCCUUUCUUGUUUGUUUGUAAACAUUUUAAGAAGAAAAGAAGGCAUUUGAGGGAUGGAGUGAACUCACAGAUGAAGCAAUGAAAAUGUCACAAACAGGACACAGCCCAAGUCUGUGCCCAGGAGGAGGAUGAGCCGCAGAAAUUGCAUAAUUUUCUAAUUUCAAGUCUUCCUGAUAACAUGACUGAACAGUGCGGUUCAGUGAGCCACACUCACCUCUACAUUUUGUAUGAUAUGUAAAACAGAUUUUUUGUAGAGCUUACUUUUAUUAUUAAAUGUAUUGAGGUAUUAUAUUUAAAACAAAAAAAACUGUUCAGAACUUCAUCUGCCACUGGUUAUUUUUUUUCUAAGGAGUAACUUGCAAGUUUUCAGUACAGAUCAGUGCUACACUGGAUAAAUCUCAUUUACGGAUUUUACCUGCACCUUAGAGUUCAUAGCAAUUAACUGAUUUGUAGUGAUUCAUUGUUUUAUAUACCAAUGACUUCCAUACUUUAAAACAGAGAAACAACUUUAUGUUGCCAGAAGCCCUUUUUGUAAGUGUCUGUUGACUCUGCCUUUUGUUCACUCCUCCCCCAGCAGGAGAGUUGCUCUCCGUCACUGCUUCCUUCAUGGUGUGCGAAGUGAGUAUUUAGUCUGUAAUAUUUUAAUAUGCAUUAUGUCAAAUGUGUCUUCAGUCUCAUAGAAACUCAGUCAUCAGUUGGUGUUGUCCAAAGUAAAUGGGAGAUACAUAAAUACCAAGUAGCUAAAAGAGUCAGUCUUUUUCAGGCAUCUUCUUACCUACUGCCUUCAGAUGCCUUUUUAUUUUUCUGUGUCAGGAGAUGUGCAUUUCACAAAUGCGUGUCCUUGUAGUCACCCACACAUUUCACGAUCAUUUUGUUGUGUUCACAGCCAGUUAUAGUAAGAAAGACAUUUUUCCUUCUUGCUGCACUAUUUAAUGUGUGUUCCAGUGUCUGCCCAUGUUCUCUUGGUGGGGUCAUAUGAAGGAUAUCACUACCGUUCUGACCUAGAAAAGAGAAACAGGUUAUCAAGUGAGGGUUGACAUUCAUUUCUACCACAUGGUUCUGUGUCAUCACUAGCUUUUACUCUGGGGUUGCAGAGGAAAAACAUGCCAAGUGCUAUGUGGGCAAGUGCUAGCAGACUAUAUCAACAAAUACCGGGACGACUGUGGUUUGAACUGCCCAUGGAAGUAAGACCUCCACGAGGACUAUCCCUGGAAAGUGGAUAAGGUGUAAAACUUGUCAUUGAUUAUUAUUGCUCCCCAAGUUUGCCCUAUAGGAAAGGACUCCUUCAGUCACAUUAAAUGAAAGUUAAUGCCAUUGGCAUGAGGAGGGUAUUUAUGCAAUGCAAUCUAAAACAUUAUAUUGACAGAGUCUGCUCCAAUAUAACAUUAAGAGGAAUUCCAGAUUCCAGCCCAGGAACUCUACUGAUUUUAUAUAUUAACUCCCAGUAUUAACUUGCUGAUAGCAGUCUGCCUUGUUGCCAUGUGUUUAGUCCGAACCUUAGUUAUAGUCUCAGAGUUUGGAGCACAUGUUAUUUUUCUUUUUGGCAUCCAAAUGGGGAAUAAAGAGGAAAGAGGUAUAUGACUAAAUGGGAAAGGAAACAUUUAAGAAAAAUCAUAAGUCCGAGAAAAAAAUCUGUAAAACUUUUCAAGGAGGUUAGGGGCUAGUCACUAAGAAAGUAAAUCAUCAGUCAGGGAAAUCACCAAAGCUGAGCUGAAACCUGUUUCAAUCUCUUGAAUCCAAAUGAUGCUUAGAACCUUUGGUACAAAAAAUAAAAAAUAAAAAGUUUCUGAUAUUUAACACAGGCAUAAUAAGAAUCAAGUAACUGAUCCCUGGAGUGCCAGCCUCCUUUCCUUGUAAAAAGUGAGCAAAGCAUAAUCUGCCUUUGCGUGACCAGACUUUUCAAAAAACAUUUGGUCACCUGGUUCCCUUUUCAUUGUAUGUAUCCCAGAAGGCGGUCCAGGAGGCAAGGCAGAGAGCCUAGAGUUGAUUCUCCCUUUCAGAGUCAUUCUCCCUUCCUUCUCCCCCUACACAUGGCAUUUCCCCCACAGAGUGCCUGCAGUCUUCAUAAUAAAUAGAAACUUAAAAGCAGCAAUAUGUCAUAAACAGAUCCAUACCUGCAAGGGUUUAUAACCGCACUAGGGAGCCUUUGUUUUUCAUUGUGCUGGUUUUUAAUGGCACUGUGCUGUCACAUCAUCCGCUGAUGGACAAUCAAGCUGUAGAGGACACAUACUAUCCAAGAGUUAAAGACUACCGUACUAUACCAUCUGCUUACCACCCCCACCCCUUUACCUGCCCUUGCCUCUGCUCACUCACUUUCUCUCACCAGAUUUUAAACAGAACAUCAUUAUACAAGUGGCUUUAUUUCCUAAAAUGCAAUAUCUGGGUACUGUAUGGGGAAAACCAAAUCCAAGUUUGCAUAAACCCAGUACAUUUCAGCUUGCAAGUUACUGAACACAAUAAUGCUGUUCUCAUUUUGUUCUCCUUCACGUCAGUUAAAAGACACAAGUAACAGUGUAGAUAGAACAAAUCGCAGAUAAGGAAAGAAAAAAACUUGAAUGAAACAGAUUUUACAGAAAGCUUUAUGAUAAUUUUAAUGCUUUAUUUAUUUUUUGUGCCAUGCUUUUUUUUCUCACCAAAUGACCUUACCUGUAAUACAGUCUUGUUUGUCUGUUUACAACCGUGUAUUUAUUGCAAUGUACAUACUGUAAUGUUAAUUGUAAAUUAUCAGUUCUUAUUAAAACAUCAUCCCGUGGUGGGAUGGUGUUGACAUAUUUGGAAACUCUUGGUGAGAGAACGAAUGGUGUGUAUACAUACUCCUUGUACAUUUUUCUUUUCUUCUGUAAUAUAGUCUUGUCAUCAUAGAGCUUGUUUAUGGAAGAUUCAAGAAAAAUAUAAAAUACAUAAAGAUAUAUACAUUUAAAUAUCAUAGCUGCAGGUCUUUGGUCCCAGGGCUGUGCCUUAACUGUAACCAAUAUUUUCUUCUGUUUUGCUGCAUUUCAAAGUAAGGUGAUAGUGAGGCUCGGGCUGGGCUUUUUAUAUCCGCACUCUUCACUAAUUGGAUUUCUGGCAAUAGCUGGAUUUUACAAAACAACAGAUCACUGCUGGAGGACCUUCUGACACUUUCUAGAUGCAUGAUCUUAAGUACUUGUUUCCAUGGAGCAAGACUGCACACAUGGUGACUGUUUCCCAGCUGAGUGCUGGGAGCUAUUUCACCUGGACAUACAGAAUUUUUUUUCUUAAUCCCAAACAUGUACUGGGGAAAUAUUCUUCUCCAGUAAUUGUUGAAUGGCUUUUGAAUUCUAGCCCUCACAGGUGAAUGAAUUUGAUUCGAAAUGGGAGUCAUAGGUCACUCAUUUUGGUUAGUCCUCUGCUCAUCAGCUUCCUGUCAUACCAAAAAUGUAUAUUAUUUUAAUACUAAUUUUUCCUCCAAGAUCAGAUUUAUAUAUGUAUAGUACAUAAUACAUAUACAUACACACUGUCUAAAUAUAUACAUGUAAAUCACCUAACUUAGUUAUAUGAUGAUGCCAAUUCCCCCAAUGUAGCGAAUUCAUGUCUCUCUAAUAUUGUUUCUGCAAAACAUACAUCCUAGUAGGAUUGUUAAGUGUGACCUUGCACAGUGACAAAUCCUGAAAGCCACAAGAGCUUCCUGGUGGAAAAUGUGGCCAUCUCUCACUACAGCCCAGCCCUUAGAACGUGUAGACACAGUGGAGAGAUAGAAUAUUUUUUCUAGGAAAAAUGAGCCUCCUAUUAUUUCAUUUUAUUUUUGACACAAACUGUAGAUUUUAGCAGCCCUGGCCCAAAGGAAUUUAAUUACUUUUGUUUUAAACAGUACAAAUGGGACACUAUACUUAAAAAAAUACAUCUUUACUGAUUUCAGUUUUUUAAUUGUUUUAUUUCUUUGGGUAUGUUUUCAGAGUGGUAAAUUGUGUGCGCGCAUCACAGAUGAUUCUGUUAGUGGUUUCUUAGCCUCUCUUACAGCCCAUGGGGAUAGUACUGUACAUCAAUACCUUCAUAUAAAAUUUUUAUAUGCAAUGAAAAUAAAAGCAUGGGUUGAUUCUGCCUA